AAGUAGAUGAAACACAAUUUUAAAAAAUGAUUUAGAGAAAAAGCAGGCACUUUGCUUCUAGGCUCAGUUCAGUCCCUGGAGGGCAGCUGAGAUUAGCUGAGCACCAGGGAGACACCCAGGCAGACAGGACAUGUGGCUGUUCGCAGUUCUGUUCCUUCCCAUCGUCCAAGCCUCGUAUCCCCUCAGGGCAGUGUCAAAUGCAGUGAGUGGCCCUGUGCGGGGCUUGUUGACGGUGCAGUGUCGUUAUGAUCCUGGGUGGGAGACCUACAAGAAGUGGUGGUGUCGAGGAGCCGAGUGGAGUGACUGCCACAUCCUUGUUACAACCAAUGGAUCAGAGGAGGAAGCAAAGAAUAACCACGUGUCCAUCAAGGACAAUCAGAAACAGUUCACAUUUAUUGUGACCAUGGAGGAGCUCAGGUGGAACUAUGAAGACACCUAUUGGUGUGGGAUUGAGAGAUAUGGAACUGACCUUGGGGUCAGUGUCAAAGUGACCAUCGACCCAGUGACCAUGCAGUGUCAUUAUGGCCCACGCUGGGAGACAUACGUGGAGUCCUGGUGUGAAGAUGCUGAUUCAAAUGGCUGCAACAUCCUUGUUGAAACCCCUGGGUUAGCGCUGAAGAAGAACCGAGUGUCCAUCAAUCAAAAAAAGCACACGUUCUCCAUGACCAUAUGGGGGGAGUAAAACAACUUUUGAGAAAAAUUACUUGUUGUUUUUCUGAGUUGCUCCCAGGCAUUUAACAGGAUGGCCACCCUGCUUACAUGCGAAAUCUAGAAAUUUAGAUAAGGGCGGGCCCAACUUCAGAAUUAUUCCAUAAGUUACUACUUUGCUUUUUCUGAAGCAUGUUUUUUUUCCCCCCUGGGGCACCUUUUAAAUUAACCAGUUGGAGCUGAUUCUGUGGAAAAUCAAUGACCUCUUCCCCGAUCCCCUUGUAAGUUAUGGGGGCUGUCACCUGCUCUCAGUCCCCUGCUCACUCAUGGUCCAGGAUGGGGGACUGCUCUUCCCCAGGCUCAUUGCAUACCUUUCCCCUGGAUCUGUAAACAAUAAAUGUUGAGACUCUG